GCAUGAGCGUCUUCAGCCUGGGAAACGGCGCCGCCUUGUGGCGAAUUGGCGUCGCUGCUUUAGAUACAGCCGUUCGCUCAGUAUCCUGUAGUCAGUGGUCGGGGAAGGGCAUCUGAGCAGCAGCCACUUGCUCCGUAACCAGCGACGCCUGCGGCGCGGACUCCUUCUCCUCCUCCUCCUCCUCCUCCUCCUCCUCUUCCUCCUCCUCGGCGCAGAAUGCGGUGAUCUGCGCUCCCGUCUGUGGAAGGAUGAUUUCUGUGGUCUCCACUGUGGAGAGCGCUCCCAGAGGUCCGGGCACCCAGGCGCCGAGCCUUUACCAGCGGAUCAGGAAGGUCCUAAGCAGGGACCUGCUGGUGACGCUGGCCUUGGGUCAAGUCCUGUCCUUGUUAGUCUGUGGGAUCGGUCUGACCAGCAAGUACCUGGCCGACGACUUCCGCGCCAACACUCCAGUGUUCCAGAGCUUCCUCAAUUACAUCCUGCUGUUUCUCGUCUACACGACCACUCUUGCAGUGAGACAAGGGGACGGGAACCUGUUGGCCAUUCUGAGGCAGCGCUGGUGGAAAUACAUGAUUCUGGGUGUGGUGGACAUUGAAGCCAACUACUUGGUCCUCAGAGCCUAUCAGUACACCACCCUCUCCAGUGUACAGCUCCUCGACUGCUUUGUCAUCCCGGUGGUCCUGCUGCUGUCCUGGUUCUUCCUCUUGGUGAGGUACAAGGCCGUCCACUUUGUCGGCGCAGGGCUCUGCCUGCUGGGCAUCGGCUGCAUGGUGGGAGCCGACGUCCUGCUGGGCCGGCAGCAGGGCCUGGGGGGACAACAGCUGUUCGGGGACCUGCUGGUUCUGGGAGGAGCAACCCUGUACGGCGUGUCCAACGUCUGCCAGGAGUUCAUCGUGAAGAACCGGAGCCGCGUGGAGUUCCUGGGCAUGAUGGGCCUCUUCGGGUCCUUCUUCAGCGGCAUCCAGCUGGCCAUCAUGGAGCACAAGGAGCUGCUGAAGGUGCCGUGGGACUGGCAGAUAGGUCUGCUCUAUGUCAGUUUCAGUGCCUUCAUGUUCUGCCUGUACAGCUUCAUGCCAGUGGUGAUGAGGAGGACCAGUGCCACCUCAGUCAAUCUCUCUCUGCUCACGGCUGAUCUUUACAGCCUCUUCUGUGGCCUCCUCCUCUUCCACUACAAGUUCUCAGGCCUAUACCUGCUCUCCUUCUUCAUCAUCGUCCUGGGCUUGGUUCUCUACUCGUCCUCAUCUACCUAUGUGGCCCAGGACCCGCGGGUCUACAAGCAGUUCAGGAACACAGGCAGCCAAGCGGCUUCCGACCCCCCACUGAGUCCAGCACGCGUGGAGCCCUCCGUCACUUACACCAGCCUGGGCCCCGACGCCGGGGACGAGCUGCCUGUACGCGUGGCCUAAGGGUCAGAGCAGUCAGACGUUCAGAGCAAUGCUGCUGCUGAGCGUCAGGUGGGUCCAGGUUGAUGGGCCUGCGUGGGAAGACGUGGUCUCCACUUAGCGAUCGAGUUCAGACAAAUCCAUGUAUCGAAACCAGUAUGUACCAGCUGAAUGAGGAGCAAAGCAGCUUUCACUGCGACGGGACUGAGUAGCCAGUGUGUGUGUGUGUGUGUGUGUGUGUGUGUGUGUGUGUGUGUGUGUGUGUGUGUGUGUGUGUGUGAGCUUUGAUGUAAAUAGAUAUUGUCAUUUUAUCUACUCUCCUGUUUACUUUUAUAUUUGUCAACAAUAUUUGUGUUAAUACAUGUGUAUACGCUAAAACACAUACAUUUCAUUCGGGUGUUUUAUUACGGGAAGAGACGACCUCUGACCUUAAGAGUGAUCACUGGUGAGUGCUCCAUCCAGUGGGUCCGUGACCAUCGUGUCCACAUCUUAGGGCUCAGGAAAGGAAGCACCCACAUGCUCCAGACUCUACAGUGUCUCUGCUUCCUGCCUGGACGUUUUCAUGGUACUUUUCCUCCAGGGUCCCAGAGACAGAAGCUCUGUGUUCAGAGAGGAUGACCUUUAACCUUGCUGGGGCAGAAUGUGUGAGUCAUGGCGCAUGGACUCCUCCCAAACUCAAUCUGGGGCAGAGACACAAAGUGGCUGUUGAAUGAGAAGAACGGCCUGAAGCCUCCAGCAGCGAAGCAGCGUUUUGUAGGCUCCACAUCCUGUUUGUCUGCUUCUGCUAGUUGAGUCCUGUAACGUAUACGUCACAGUGGAAGUGAUACAUCCUUUCUUGCACUUUACACGAGGACGUCACAGGGUCACCGACUGAACACCAGUGGGUCGUCUUACUUCCUGCCUGGACUCUCUGUAGAGCACAUUGGUUGUUCUCAUAUUUGCACUGGCUUUUGUAUCCUGUUACCCAUCGUGCAUUGAGUUGCUGUUAACAAUGUGCUUACACUUACAGUAAAAUAAAGCAUUUGUCAGCUUC